AUGAAAGCGUCUUCCUAUUGGGAGCUUGCCCCUUCUUAUCCCAUGUCCCCGCUUAUCAACCCAGCUGACCCUUUCAGGGACGAAGAAUCCUUCCCAAUUCCAAAAACAGAAACUCCCUAUUCCUGGGCAAAGCGAGCUGAAUAUAUAGAAAAGAAUCUCGAAAAGGCUGAGUUUUACUAUAAGAUGGCUAUCGCUAACGGAGAGCGCGUAGAAAGUGCUAUAAAAGAUCUCGCAGGUAUUUUUCAUCAGCAAGGAAAAACUAAAUCCGCUUGUGAUCUAUUAAUGGCUUACCGUCAUUUGUAUAUGAACGAUCUUGCACGAUUUGAUAACUUAUUAUUAAGCUUGCAAAAGCAAAUCAAGCCAACAGGGAAUUCCUUGAAUAAGUGCAUCAAAAUUUCUGGUCUGCCUUUGAACUCAAAUCAAGAAUCAGUUAAAGCACUGUUUGGAGAUGGUUUCAGAAUCAAGGGAAUAGAGCUGACCGAGCAGCUCUGACAGGAAAAAAUUGUAAUGAUUGCUAUGAUUUCGUUUUCCAGCCAUUCUGCCGCCAGAAAAACUGUGGAGUCGUACAGGCAUACAGAAGGAUACUGCUUGGAGUGGGCAACACUUGAAGGAGAAGUUGUAGGGCCAAUAAAUAUUAAAAAGAAAAACAUGGAAUUUUCUUAUUUCGCUGGUGGAAAAGUAGACAACCAGCUUCAAGAAGGUGUAUAUGAGUACACUUAUUUUCCUGAAAAUUCGUUCGCUGAUAGUGAAGAUUUAGUGGAUGAUUUACUUACCCCCCCCCCUUUUAAAUUGGAACUAAAAAUUUUGUUCCAAUUUAAAGGGGGGUAAGAAAAUUGUGUUUAAAAAAAAAAAAUCAAUAUAAAAUGUUUUAUAAAAAAAUCUAUAUAAAAUUUUUUAUAAAAAAAAUAAUUUCAAAAAUUUAUCGAAUUAGAUUAAUAAAUUUGUUUAAUAAAAUGCUAUUAACUCUUUAUCCUUUAAAUCAAAGCAAGAUAUAACUAAAUUUUUAUUAUUAAUUAAUACGCCACUAUUAAUUGGUAUCAAAACUAUUUACACAAAAAUUAUUAUUUUUUAUUAAUAAAACAAAAUUAAAAAAAAAAAAUUUUAGAAAAUUUAUGGAUCAAAGUGUUAAUUUUGUUUAAAUGAGAUGCCAUUUAUACUCUAUUCUUUUAAAAUAAAGCAAGAAAUAAGUGAAUUUUCAAUUUUUGUAAAGAAUUAGCAUUGAAUUUAUAUCAAAAGAAUUUAAAUAAAAAAUAUCCAAAAAAUAAAAAUGUUUUUGAAAAAUUUUUUAAAAAAAAAAUUUAAAUUUUUUAAAAAUUUAGCAAUUAAGGCUAAUAAAUUUAUUUAAAUAAGAUGCUCUUUAUACUCUAUUCAAUAAACAAGAGCAAGAUAUAACUAAAUUUUUAAUUUUAGUUAAGAAGAAACAUUUAACUUAUAUCAAAUCUUUCUACAUAAACUUAUGAUUUUUAUAUAUAUAAAUUUUUUUAUUAUAAAAUUAAAUUUUGUUCCAAUUUAGAGGGGGGUUAAUUUACCAAAAAAAGUGGAAAUUUUACCUAUAUUUUGUUCCAAUUUAAAGGGGGGGGAGUUAGAACUUCUAUACUAUCAUAUAUGGGAGAAGAAUCCCAAAUAGACUUAUUGAAAAAUCCCAAGUAA